GUGCUCUGUAACGAAAAACUCUCCGAAAGCACAUAAUCAUUAACAUUACCGUCAAACUUUGAAGUUGCUUAAAUCACGACUUUAAAAGAGUGAAACAAACAUUCGUUAUGAAAAGAAAUAGUGAUUUAUCGACAGAAUUGAAUUUAGAAAACUUAAAAGAAUUAGAGCCAACUUAUGUAAAAUGUUUGCAAAAUAAACCAACACCAGCAUCAAGUUUUAUAAGUAAAAUCAUGAGAAUGGAAUAUGAAUUAGAUAAAAACGAUGAUAGACUGUUCGCAAUAUAUUUAAAACUCUGUGGCAAUAAUCACCAACUGGAUGCCAUUCAACUGACUAGUGUUGAUCUACCACCUUUGUGUACAGCCUUGUCUCUCAAACCGUGUAUUACAAUGUUGGAUUUACGUUAUAACUUUAUCAAAGAUGAUGGAGUUGAGAUAUUAUGUGAAUUUUUAAAUGUAGAUAAUCUGUUGGAAGAAUUAAAUCUAAUGUGUAAUGAUAUCACAGAGAAAGGUGCAGAAGUUCUUGCUAAUUCUUUAAAAAAUAACAGAAAUUUGGUUAUCUUAAAAAUGACUGGUAACCCGAUUGGUUCUAAAGGAGGCCUGCACUUCGCUCAUGCUCUACAAAUGAACGAUACACUUGAAUUUCUAGAUCUUGGGGAAUGUGAUCAGGAUAUCAUUAGUUGUAUUGCAUUUGCUACUGUAUUGAAAAGUAACAAGUCAAUUAUUGGGAUUAAUUUCAACCGACAAAUAUUAAGGACAUUACAAGAAGAAACAGUCGUACAUUUUGCUGAUAUGCUAUGUAUUAAUAAAACUUUAAGGGAAUUACACUUAGCAAAAUGUGAUAUGCGUGAUUUCGGAGCAGCACGUUUAGCUCAGGCGAUGGAACGUAACGAUACACUGGAAUUAUUAGAUGUAAGCGCCAACCGUAUUGCACGCGAUGGAGCUGUUUCUUUAUCGAAAGUAAUUGGCAUCAAUUGUCCAUUGGUCAUUUUGGAUUUGGCAUUCAACCGCGUUCAGUGUAAAGGAGCUGUGGCUUUGGCCAAUGCAUUAGUUUAUAAUACACAUUUGAAAGUUCUUGCAGUACAGUUUUGUGAAUUGAAAGGACCUGGACUUUGUGCACUGGCUGAAUCAUUGGUCACAAAUCUUACUCUGGAGUGUAUUUAUAUCUGGGGUAAUGAACAUGAAGAAUCCGCAUGCAAUGCAUUCGCUCAUUUAAUCAACAUAAAUCGUUUACCGGAAAAUUGUACUGAUAUAAGACCUUAUAUUGUUGAUGGCACAACUUACUUAGCUUUCGUACCUCAUGAUUGUACUUAUAGACAAUAUCGAUUUUCUGUACCGUGGUGGAAAUUCCAAGCACCAUGUGAUCGAUCGAUUGCACUUUUUUAACUUUAUUUUUUUGAAAUCCUAUCUCUUUUUUUAAAAAAAAAUUUGUUAUAUUUCUUCACAAUUUUAUUUUUAUUGUCAUUCUUUUUUUUUGGCUUGUUUUUUUCUUGUCAAUCUUAGAAUUAAGUAACCAAUUAAUUAAUGCGCCUUUGAUGAUUCUGAAUUGUUUUAAUAGAAUUAUUUUUGACAAAUUAAUUAUUAUUAACUAUUUUGUUUUUUUAUUUCACUGCAAUUUCGUUUCGAUUAUUUUUGCACGACAGACGAUUUUACUUACCUUCAUUUAUCCUAUUCGAAAUUGCCGCUUAUUUGUCUACAGAAUAAAUUAGAUUAUACAGUCGAUUAUAUAUUUAAU